UUUCUGGAGGAACGAGAAAGUUAAUGUAUCUGCUGAAUUUUAACACUGAUGAUCUUGAAUCGUCUGAAAAAUGGUUCUAUUUUCGGAUUGAUUUGGAAUUAAUCGAACAGCAGUCAAAAUAUGGCACACCGUUUAAUCGGUCCAUUAACCCUACGUAGAGUUCAGCUAGAUACCAUAAGCAACCUUUCACCAUUGUAUUGUGGAUGUUGUAAGUGGCAUGGAGCUAAGUCAACACAAUCACAGUACAGAAGACAUCAUACUUCAGGAAGCCAUAAUUAUGCAUUUCUUUCGUCCUAUAAAUGUACAUUUAAACACAAUAAAUCAAGUUCUUAUUAUAAGACCAAGCACCUUAUAAGUCCAGAUUUUUCUUUAGGUAUUCCAUUAGGGUCCAUUAGAUAUUUUCACAUAUCCUCACAAUAUAAUGAAAAAGAAAAAUCAUUUGUGGAAAAGGCUGUUGAAGUGUUGAAAGAUAAAAAAAGAACGGAUAAAAAAGUAGAAGAAGUUAGUGAAAAAGAAUUACAACCCCGUGUUGAAAAAGAAAAACUUAAAAUAGAAAAAACUGAAGAAAAGUUGUCAGGAGACCAACAGAGCACUGUUGUGAAAGCUAAACCAACAUUAUUACAAACCAUCAAAAAACAUGGAAAAUUUUAUUUGGAUGGGUUUGUUUUGUUUUUCAAAGAAUUAAGAAUAGCUGUGUCUUACUUAUGGAAGAGCAUAGUGAAAGGAGAAACAUUGACUCGAAGAGAGCUGAAACAACUAAGAAGAACUUCAGCUGAUAUCUUCAGAAUGAUUCCUUAUCUGAUUUUCAUUAUAAUUCCAUUCUUUGAAUUUUUGAUACCAGUAUAUUUGAAGUUAUUUCCAAACGCUCUACCUAGCACCUUUGGACGAGAUGAAAAAAAGCCUGAUGUCUUACUUAAGGAAGGGUUAAAAAGAAAACAGGAAAUGGCCAAAUUACUGCAGGAGACUUUACAGCAAACAUCAUUGGAACGUAAGAAGAAAGAUGCGCCAAGUAUGGUGAUGGAAUUCACAGAUUUUAUGGAAAAGGUUAGAAGUGAAGGAAUAGCAGUUUCAAAUGAAGAAAUUCUUCAUUUCUCUACCAUGUUUGAAGAUGAAGUGACAAUAGAUUCUUUGACUCGAGGUCAGCUGCAGGCCUUAUGUAGAGUGCUUAGUAUCAUACCUAUUGGAACUGAUCAAAUGUUACGCUUUCAACUAGACAUAAAGUUACGUCGACUUCUGGUAGAUGACAAAAUGAUUCAGAAAGAAGGCAUUGAGUCAUUGACAGUACAGGAAUUACAGCAGGCCAACAGGGCAAGAGGAAUGAGGGCCUUAGGUGUAGAUAAAGAGAGACUGAUAUUCCAAUUAGAACAAUGGCUAGACCUUCAUCUUAAUCAACAUGUUCCAACAUCGUUAUUGCUGUUGUCGAGGGCUCUAUAUCUACCUGAGCACCUGUCACCGGUAGAACAACUACAGAAAACUAUACAGUCACUACCCAAGACAGCUACUGCUGAGGCCACAGUUAGAGUUGCUGCUAUAUCAGGUGAAAGGAUUGAUCCAGCAACAAGGAUUGAAAUUUUGAAGUCUGAGCAAGAGGCUAUAGCAAAGGAAACAAAACUUAAAGCUGAAGAGAAUGAAUUGAAAAAACAAAAACAAAUACAGAAAGAGGAAGAGGAGGCAGAGGCUAUUGCUGCCAGGGUUGCUAUGGAAGGAGAAGUAUUAGUGGACAAUGCUCCUGAGAUUGCUGCCCGUGCAGAAGAAGAAAUCAAAGUACUUAAUACAGAUGAAGAGUUAUCAUCUGAAGAUCUUAAGGAGAUUGAGUCAGCCAUAGAAAACAUCGCUAUGGAAAAGAAGUUUAACAUUGAUGAAGAAAUAUUACAGGACCUUAAAGAGGAUGUAGAUGAAUAUAAAGAAGAUCUAGAAGACCUUAAGUCAGUUAUAUUAGCUUCUGGUGGAGAUGAGGAAGACAUCAAAGAAUCCAAGUCUGCUAAGAGGUUAGGUAAAAAAGUAGACAAACUGGUCACUCAACUGGAUGUAAAGCUUGAUGAGCUUCACAAGAAAAGACUAAGGAUAAAUGAGGAGAUCGAUUUGAAGGAAAAAAAUCUUAUCUAUGCAGAUAUUGAUGAUAUCGAAACCAGAGAUGAAGUGAUGCAGAAAAUUUCAGAGAAGAAGGGCUUAGUUAUUAGUAUCAAUGAUAUGGUGUUGGCAUUAAGGAGAUUACAAAAAGUUCCAGAUGAAGUCAGACUUCAGAAAAUUGUAACAGUUUUAGAUGAAGACAAAGAUGGUAUAAUUGAUGCUAGUCAUGUUCUUAAGGUUAUUAAAUUGCUGGGUCAAGAAAAUGUGAAAUUGGAAUCUUCUCAAGUCUCAGAAUUAAUUGAUCUCUGCAAGAAGGAAAUGCAGAUUGAAGAAGAAGAAAAACAGAAAGAAAAGGUUGAAAAGGAAAAGGAAAAACAAGAGAAAACACUGAAGAAUUCAGGGAAUAAUGAAGAAACAUUGAAACAAUCUUCAGAAUGAAAUGAAAAAGGCUAAUUGUUAUUUGUUAUUUAUUUUGUGAUAAGUUUUGAAUAGUUAAUGAUAAUAUUGAUAUACAAAAAUAGAAUAGUUCCUGUUAUAUGAUUAAAUCACAUUUUUAAGAUAUAAAAAACACAAAACUCUUAGCCAGAACAAUAGUUAAGUUUGUGCUACACAGAGAGAGUAGAACAAUUCUUUUUAUUUGAUUUGAACAAUAGGUAUAUAUUUAUAGCUAUUUAACCAUCAAAGCAUUAACGUCAGCCAAAAUAUUCAUUUACCGGUACUGAAGGUAUCAGUUACAAUAAUAGUAGCAGUUUGAGAAGGAAACUCAAUUUAAGAACUUAAAUUUCAGUUGUAGAUCCUUUGCAAUUUUUAUGCAAGUGGAGAAGAGAACUAUUUGACUGUGAUUAUUCAAUCAUAAACCUACCUAGUCAGUAGUUAGGAUAUGGUAUCAGGGUCAUUAUAAUCAAAAAUCUACUGUUGUUAGUGAUAAUAAGACUUUUAAACUUAUUAUACAAGCUUUUUCUGCACUAUUUCUCAAUAGGCAUCCCUGUACUGUAGUUUUAGGAUUCAUUUUAAAGAUAGAAUUGGAUACUUUUAAGUGUUUUAUGUGAGGCAUUAGUUAAAGGUUCAAAUAAAAAACAUGGUAAAGAUAAAGAGUAAUGAAUAAGGUAAAACUUACCCUGGUUUGGGACCCUAAAAAAGGACACUUUUUCUUUAUUUUAACAGAAUAAUUAUUAAUUUUAAUUGUUGAACCUCACAUUUUAAAGUUGAGAAUUUAACCAUCUCCAGUGGAUAAAUAUCAUAAUAAACAGGGUGAUUUUGUCAAAUCCAUGUCUCUGUUUCAAUUAUGUACAAUCUGUUUAGACUUUUAAGUAAUAUGGAACUUGUUAUAUGAUUGGGGAGGGGGUGUCCAUUUUUGAAGGCUUUAUGAUGAGAUAUUUGCUUAAAUUGUUGGGUUGCUAUUUUUACUGUUUUAAACCUACUUCUUCUUUAUAUAUAUAGAUUAAAACAAAAUGUUGGUGUAGGUGUGGUUAUAUGUACUGUUUUGCAUUUGAUAAUUUUCAAGAUAAAACAGGAUAUACAUUU